AAUUGAAGUUUGGAAAACGAAAAAGUAGAAAGCUAUUUCUCUCUCAAAUAAUCCCAAAUGAAAUUUCUCAAAGAGAGUGAUAUUAUUUUUUUGUGCUUCAGUCGGAGAAAACGACAUGUCGACAGAGGCUGCACUACAUCGUAAAAUCAUGGAGCGCAAUUGACGAACUUGUUCAGAUUGUGAGGUAAAUCUGUUGGGCGCAAAUUUGCCUGGGUGGUGGAAUCUCAAGUGGUUUAGGGUUAGGGUUUUGGGGAGAUGGAUGUGAAGAAUCUUCUCAAGGACAAGAAAUUCUGGUUCGCCUCCUUCCUUAUUGCUUGGGCCGCAGCUCUCCAGGGGCACAUGAUGUGGUUGCAGAGGCAGGAUUCUUUUAAGCAGAAGUUUGGGACUCCCAAUCAAGAAAAUGAUCCUGAAAAAUGAAGCACCAUGCCAUAUCAUCACUCUGUAAGUUCCAUUGCAAUUGAAGGGGGCUGCAUUACCGCUGUUAAUUCCUCAUAACGAAUUCUUUAGCUGGAUCCAUAGGUGUGAAGUUUCUAAGAAAAUUUUGCUGGAAAUGCAAUAAUUUCUGGUCAUUUUGAUCUCUUUGAGUGAGUGCACCCUGAUAUUGAUGGCAAAUGUUGAAUGAUCCUAAAUGCUCCCUUGUUUGGAUGAUCAGCAAUUUAGUUUGUUCGUGUACUCAGUGAUGACAAGAAUUGUAACAACUGCUAAGAUUUGAAGCUAUAUGUUAAUAAUUGUGUCUAUUGUCAUGAGAGAUUAAAGGCAGGGUAAGAUACCAAUUCAUUCACAUCUUUCAAAUUACGAAGCUUGCAUAUAAAUAUACCUCACUUGCAUGGUC